CUUGUUGUUCAACAACAAAGUACAACAACAGUAGCAAACCAGAUUAAAUGCCUGAGCCUCUAAUUACGUUUCGGUGUCGAAGAACUUGAUUGGCUGUCAAAAAUCAAUCGACAGGUGGCGUGCACGUGCAAUGUUUUAAAUAAUCUCUUCACAACAUAAUCCCACUUCGACCAAGAACAUGUGGUAUCCCUUCCCAAUGCUCAUGCCGUUGUCUCUGUCGCCGGAGCCACAGCGUCCAUCAGAUAUUUCUCAAACGCCCUAUGCAUCAGGGAUGAUUCAGAUGCAUAUGGUACCUUGUGACCAACGUUUCUUUCAAAAUGCAAUGAACGGGUUGGCUGACCCUCCGUCUUUGUCGAUAGAGGACUGCAGGAAAUUCCUUCUCAACAGGUCUGUGUUUGACCUGGUGAAAGUCACCCAUUUCCUGGAGCUGACAGACCCCAAGCUGCUGGGUUGGUACUUAUCGCUGCCUGUGGAGGACAGGAAGCUCAUACAAGAGGAAGGAGGACUCCAUCGGUUUCUGCAGAGGCAUCCGGCUCUGAACGUAGCCAGACAACUAGUUUAUGUGAAACAACAGGUGAGAGGUUGCUGGAGACCUCCUGCUGUUACGCAGACGAUGUCGUCAAACCUAAACAAAUCCAGAAGGCCCACAUUCUAUGGUGUGAUUCAGUGUCCCAACUGUGGAACCAGUUGUUCUUCAGGAGCUAAAAUAUGCCGACGCUGUAGCACACCUAUCCAUAAGGAGAUCCCGGCAUGCCAGUCAGAAGAGGAGAAAGAGUUAGGUCUUCUUCCCAACAACUUGAAGGAGGAGCUAAAUCUGUUCAACUGUUCAGGGCACGGAGGAGUCCAGUCAGUCCAAGCCCACCUCCAGGCGGAAGCAGGAGCAGUGCAACAGUUCAGGGGAUGUCAGCCUCAGUCCUGUACUACUACUACCUUCCCAUCCACAACAGUGGGCUGUCUGGUCAACCUUCAGGAUAGCUUCCAGUCAGCCUGUGGUGAUACCAGUUGCAGCCAUAUUGGAGCCACAGAGGAUUCUCCAGGCCAACAGGAGGCGCACUUCUCCAAGGUCGAGCUGCUCUCUCAGCUGUGGGAGGAAGGGCGGUGGCAGGAUGGCAACAACUGCAGUAGUGUGGUGGUAUAUAAGGAUCCGUCUGCCCAGACUAGCUUCUCUCUGGAUAUGGAGCUGGAGAUACAAAGCCAUAGAGGAAAAACCCUGAGCCAGUCUGCCAUCGAAAGCCAGGAGGGUGAAUCCAUGGCCAACUCCAUGCAUGACCAGAUGGCAGACUUCCCCAUGCUGGACCGGGAGACUCCUCCAGAGUACUACAGCUUCAACAGCACUAGGAUGGACCGCACAGAGUGGAACGACACCAGCAUCAACACCAGCCAGUUAGCGGAGCCCGACCGCGACGACUCAUUAUCACUCAUGGCCACCAUGGGGAGCACUGAGCAGCCUAGCGGCGCAGUGGAGGUGGAGCCACCUGAAGGCAGUAUGGUGUCUUCCUGCGCUGGAGACCGCAGCGAGUACUGUGAUUGGACUUACGACAACUGCCCCGGUAACCUAGCAAAUGAGGAAGAUGCCUCGAGAUGCGAGCUAGAGAAUAACGGUGUCGACUACCGGAGCCUCAUGAAAGAGGAUGGGAGUAUUCUCAUGUAUAAAGCAAGUAAUGAGGGGACACCUGACUUAAACGUGACACCCCCUCAAGGCCAAACCAAGAUGGACCAGUCUGGUUGGUCUAGAGAGAGUCGCAGUGCACCCCAAACCCUGAAGAAAGAGGAGCUGUCCAUCUAUGAGGAGUCCUUGUCAAUAAGCCCUGGUGGGGCAUCGGCGGACGUCGUGACCACCACACAGCAUGAGAACAGUAUGUCUGCGUUCUCGCUAGUCAAUCUGAACCAGACUUUUGAUCUCUCGCCUUCACGGGUCACAGAAGCCAGGCUAAGCACCGCCGACCAUUCAACAAAUACUUGCCCUGCCGUCGCUAAACAUGUGUUGGUUGGUAUUGACCACAGUCUAACAGGCUGCAACCGGAACACACAAACUCAUGGCACAGCUACAACUGACAAGUCUGUCAUCACUGAAGUCCACAUGGCAGACCUGGAGUAUCUGACUGAGGAAUUCAUCAAGCUGAAAUUUUCUCAAGAGGAACUGAAAGAGCUGAAAGAGCAAAUGGCAAGCUCUGCAGGCGGUGUGAGUGUAAGAGAUGGAAGAGGCUGCGACAACGCGGACCGUGGUGAAUGUGACUGUGGCCAGCGUGCCACGCGGGCAGAGCUGAACCUGCUGGCCCUGCAGUAUGGGAUGUGCCAACGGCACUGCUGGAGACGCUACUACACCUCACCUGAGGGAGACCGUCUGGUCCAGGGGACUGAGGGGCCUCCUGAGAGCCUGGUGACGGUGCUGCAGGUCCUGGAGGUAGACUACAGAGAGAUGAGAAGACGGGUCCUGUCAGGUAUACCCCUGGACCAGCUCAGGCCCCUGUCUGUCGACUCCCAGAGGAUCACCUCAGGGACCAGCUAUGUCCCCCAACAUAUAAUUGACGAGUCUUUGGGAAAUGCUCUGUCUGAUGCCUCAGGUAGGAGCUCCCAGCAGUUGCAGGUAGAGGAUGCCCAUGUCGACGACGCCAGUGUAGGUGGUGAUGGAGAGUUAAACAGACCCAGUCUGUCCCAGUCUGUUUUAUCAGUCCUUGGACAGGAUGAUGGGAUGGUUGGCAGGAUCAAGGCAGAAGGGCCCAUUGGUAACCCAAAGGCUGAGGACUGCAGAUCUGUGAAAGCGGUCAUCCACCUCCCCCAGCAACCUGUGGUCAACCGGAGGCCCAGGCCAGGUGGAACCAAAGACCACAACUCCAGCGAGGCGUGGUUCGAUGCAGAGGAGGACCUUGAGCCUGAUGGUGUAAAGCUGAAGGAAGGAGGUCUGGCUGAGGUCCUGGUGGAGGAAGGAAAUGGCAAGAAUAGGGUUGAGGGGGAAAAGCCGCAUGACCGACAUACCCCUAAAGAUUUUUCGUUCACGGGAGUCGUUGGGGAGAAGGAUCAGAGCUCCUUCCUGUGCGUCACAGACCUUCCCAGUGAUGUAACGGAGAGAGAAGUUAUGCUCUGGUUUGAGAAGUAUCAGGCUUCUGAAGUGAGCAUUUCUACCUUCAGCAACAACCUCCGAGUUGCCAUAGUGACUGUGAGUGGUCCAAAGAUGGCUGACAGUGCAGUGAGUGAGAUGGAUGGGUGCAGUAUGCAUGGACAGACGGUGCAUGUGGCGCACAUCUGCAGCCCAAGCCACACUGGUAACCAGAGCCAGGGUCAGGGGCGGCAAACCCAGCAGCAGCAUAGUCCCUCAGCCAGCACCAAGGCAGGGCCCUCUGGAGACACUCCAUGCCCCCAAGACUCCAAGAGGAGAAACACCCAUAUCACCACCCCACUGAUGCCCCUGCAGCUCAGCCUCCAGAAGAGGACCACCGUGUGUGACUCCCCCACGGCGUCGGGGACCUGUGUGCCCCAGCACUACGCCACCAUGGGUAGCUUCGAUACACUGAUGGCCCAUUUGUCAUUGCGCCACCCAGAGGCAGGGAGGCAAAGGAUUGUAGACGCCCUGCUGGAGCUGAGGGCCAAACACCAGGGGUUCCUCAGUGGCCUGCCUCUCAAGACCAUUGUAAACAUGACCUCUGACCUGCUGACACGAUAAGGACUCCACUUUCUAUUCUAUUGUUGAUAUUUGCCUUUGUUGAAACACAGGUUACAGGUUUGCCCAAAGCCAGGCUUUUGAUUUACUUGAAUGUAGUAAAAAACGUAUCUGUUUUGUUUGUUCCUCACAUACGGAAUGUUAUUACUCUACUCUUUUGCUACAAUACUCCGUGAAUUGUUUUAUCUACUUUUGAACCUGAAAAGUGCAAAUAUAAAAAAAUUGUUUGCAAAUGGUUCAAUUACAAUUUAAUUGUUAAGUUAAUUCAAAUCACGGUAGAAUUGCAAAGGAGUUUUGCAGAAUGUUUUAUGUUCUGUUUCAGUUAAAAUAAAUCUGAGAACCUGAAAUGUUCUUGGAUAUCAGGGUAGGUUGUGUUUAAAAAUACAUUUGUUUUGUUCUCAACAGGACAAUUUGCUUAAUAAUGUCUGGAAGCGUAGUUCACGUAUCCUUCCAGAUUCUACCAUUUUCCCCUUUGUCCACCCUUUCAGUAUUAGAAUACUGUUAUUGACAAAGCUACAGUGCCUUCAGAAAGUAUUCAUACCCCUUGACUUAUUCCACAUUUUGUCAGACUGAAUUCAAAAUGGAUUAAAUAGAUCUACACACAAUACCCCAUAAUGACAAAGUAAGCAUGUUUUUAGAUUUUUAUUUUUGUCAUAUGUAUUGAAAAUGAAAUGCAGAAGCAUCUCAUUUACAUCAAUGUUCACACCCCUGAGUCAAUACUUUGUAGAAGCACCUUUGGCAGUGAUUACAGCUGUGAGUCUUUCUGGGUAAGUCUAAGAGCUUUGCACACCUGGAAUGUGUAACAUUUGCCCAUUUAUUCUUUUCAAAAUUGGUAGUUGGUCUUUGUUACAACCAUUUUCAGGUUUUGCCAUAGAUUUUCAAGCUGUAACUCAGACACUCAGGAACAUUCACUGUCUUCUUGGUAAGAAAUUCCAGUGUAGAUUUGGUCUUGUUUUAGGUUACUGUCCUGCUGAAAGGUGAAUUGAUCUCCCAGUGUCUGGUGGAAAGCAGACAACCAGGUUUUCCCCUAGGAUUUUGCCUGUCCUUAAUGCCAUAAUAUUUUGUUUUUUUUACAUUUAUUUUUUAUAUAUACUCCCCAGUCCUUUACGAUUACAAGCAUACCCAUAACAUGAUGCAUCCACCACUGUGUAUUUUCCGAAGGCACUGUACUUAGCCUGUUGGAUGUAUAAUUUCAGUUUGGAUUUUUGUUGCUUUAAUAAAAGAGACUAUAGUUUGG